AUGUCACUCAACGAGAUCCGCGGGCGUCUAGCCCUAAUCACCGGCGCAUCGGGAGGCAUCGGUGCAGCUUGUGCGCACCAGCUCGCGCAACAUGGAACCCACCUCGCUCUGACCUACUCGACCAACCUGGACGCAAUGAACGCGCUCGUCGCAGAUCUGCAGUCCAAAUAUGCGGAAAACAUACUCCGCAUUUCUAUCCACCAGGUCGAUGUCGGCUCUGCCGAUCAAAUUGAAGCCAUGUUCCAGCAGAUCGACAAGGAGCACCGUCAACGACCGGACAUUCUCGUCUCCAACGCUGGGUACGGGAAGCGUAUCCCCAACGUGUGGGACAUCGAGCUUGAGGAGUUUGAUUACACGCUCAACGUCAAUCUGCGUGCUUCGUUCAUUCUCACCAAGGGUGUUGUGGAGCACAUGAAGAGCCAGCGCUGGGGUCGGAUUAUUUUCAUGUCUUCGAUCGCUGCGCAUGGUGGAGGUAUUAAUGGAUGCCACUACGCCGCUUCUAAAGGUGGCCUCACGGGCAUGAUGAAGAACCUGUCAACCCGCCUGGCCGAGUUUAACAUUAGCGUCAACGACGUCGCUCCUGCCAUGAUCGGCGACACGGGCAUGAUCCCCAAUGCCGCGGCGAUUCCCGAGGUCGCAGCUGGCAUUCCGCUGCAACGGCUGGGUACACCCGAGGAGACGGCGAAUGUCGUUACAAUGCUGUGCAAGACUGGGUAUAUGACGGGCCAAAGCCUCCUGCUGGCCGGGGGCUUGAAAUAA